AUGAACAAUUCUACAGCACCGAGCAUUGAGUUUCCACGAAGUCUUGGAACAACGUUUGCCGUCUCGUUGAUUGUUGUCAACACUUGUAGCUCCAUCGUGGCUUUUGUCUUGAACUUCAUGAUCAUUUUGACUGUUUUGAAGACGCCAUCGAUGCGAACACCUUCGUAUAUUCUUAUUCUGUGUUUAGCCAUCGCUGACUUUGGUGUUGGCGCUGUGAUGCAGCCGCCAUGCACAAGAGCAUCAGUUCGAGAAAGCUUGAACCUUCCACGAUACAAGAAGACUGUGAAAACAAUGCACUACAUCAUGGGGACAUUUUCAGCUUGUUUCUUUCCAGUAAACGUUGCUUAUAUCCUUCAUGCCGCAAACUCCGAAGUACCGGAAUCUUCAUUGCAUAUUGCAAUCUUUCUAACCAACACACUCUGGUUGAUAAACAGUGCAUUGAAUCCAGUCAUCUACUUCUGGAGAAUACAAGACAUGCGGAAUGCUGGUGUGAAGCUGUUUCGGAACACUUGGUGCCUGCACCAUGAGGCUUAA